AUGACAGCCGCCUUCCUUCUCCUUUCGCUCCUUGCGGCCGCCGCAGCCCCCGCCGCACGUGGUGCGGAGGGCCUCCCGGCGCCGUGCUUUGAGGGGCUUGCGCCUGCAGAGCUGUUCAAGCUCGCAAGCCGCGUCGCGCGCACCCCCGAGGCUUUCUUCACAUUUUCGCCGGCCGGCACCGUCACGGGGGUUAUUGAGGAGGCCUUCUUGAAGCGCGGCUUCAGUUUGGAGGCGGUGGCCUGCCUGGUGGACCACUACAGGCCAGGGGCGGCGGGGGGUGCAGGUGGGGACUCCCAGGCCAAGAAGCCGCUGACUCAGGACGCAAUUGACAAGGUGCUGUCCUACUUUAAGGACAAGACGAAUGAGAAGAAGUGGACAGCGGCGGUGUCCAAGAAGUAUGGAAAAAAGACCGCCGGCUUCCUUUCAGCUGCGAGGCUGGUCCCGGCCCUCAAGAGCGCCCUGGACAGCAACCCCGGCUCCAUCCUUGGAUGGCUGAGCGGCGCCCUUGGCUCCCUCAUGCCGGGGUGGGCGACGUGGCUCGCGCCUCUGAUUGCCGGCACGCACGGGGAAGUGGUGCAGAGUGCGCGCGCCGCACUGCGGCGCUUCCGCGAGGACCGCGCCGCCGGCGCCGCGCCCAAGCGCAGCGACGCAGAGCCAUGGCGGCUGCUGCUCGACGUGCCCCUGCCGGUGGCGGCGGACAUAGAGGCACGGGGCACACCCCUGGAGCAGGCGCCCUUCACGCUGCUUGAUGAGGGAGACUGGCCUGGUGGCAUGGUCGUGGAGCCACUGCUGGAGGGCUAUGGCGCCAGCUUCCUGGGGAUGCUGGAGUCACCCGCAGACGACUGCAGCCGCAGUGCGCGUAUUGACAGGGUCUUGUUUGGCGUUCAUUACGGCGCUUGA